CCGAAAACCAAACCAGUUUCACCAAUUUGUUCCAAUCAAUCUUGCUAUGGAUUAGUAAACAGCCAACUAUGACCAAAACCAAGAACUUCCUUGUAAAACUCCUCAAACCCUUCAAGUUCCAGUUCAAUGGAGAGGGGACAGAGGAAGAAGACUUGGAAAGAAUUGCUGCGCAAGAGCAGAAGCUAUUUCCUUUUGAAACCUUAGUUUCAGCUACCAAAGAUUUUCAUUCCAGUAACAAGCUUGGUGAAGGCGGUUUUGGCCCUGUUCACAAGGGGAAGUUGGAUGAUGGGAGGGAAAUUGCAGUGAAGAACUUGUCUCAUAGCUCAAAUCAGGGAAAGAAAGAGUUCCUGAAUGAGGUGAAGCUGUUGGCUCGGGUGCAGCACCGAAAUGUGGUGAAGUUGUUGGGGUACUGUGUGCAUGAUGCAGAGAAGCUACUUGUGUACGAGUAUGUGGCUAAUGAGAGCCUUGACAAGCUUCUCUUCAAGUCUGGCAGACGAGAUUCACUAGAUUGGAAGCAGAGGAAUGACAUAAUAGUUGGCAUUGCUCGUGGCUUGCUUUACCUUCAUGAAGACUCGCAUGUUCCC